CUUUACAGCAAUUGUCACUUUUUGCAGGGGAGGUGAGAUCAUCUGCCAUUUCGGACCAUUUGCUGCUACCUGCCAGGUGGCCCUACUGCUAACGAGAGAUGGCAGAGUUCCCAGUCUCCCUGGACUCCUUGAAGACAGUGUCUCUGCCCAGAAGUCUCAUCUUCCUCACACACCUCCUCCUCCUGCUCCUCCGGCCUGAGGAGCUGUACACAGAGGAGGUCAAGGUGGUAGGCCCUGGGGAACCCAUCCUGGCCCUUGUCGGGGAGGAGGUGGAGUUCCCCUGCCACCUGUCGCCCUACCUGGACGCUGAGCACAUGGAGAUUCGCUGGUUCCGGAGCCGCGACUCCGACGUGGUCCACCUGUACCGUGAGCGGCAGGAGCUCCCCGGCCCGCAGAUGGCCCAGUUCCAGAACAGGACCAAACUCAUCAAGGACGACAUCGUGGAUGGCAGCGUGGUCCUGCAGCUUCAUAGCGUCGUGCCCUCCGACGAGGGACUGUUCGGGUGCCGCUUCCUUUCCAGCGACUUCUCUGGCGAAGCUGUCUGGGAGCUGGAGGUAGCAGGGCUGGGCUCGGACCCUCACAUCUCCCUUGAGGGCUUCAAGGAAGAAGGCAUUCAGCUGAAGUGCAGCUCCAGUGGCUGGUAUCCCAAGCCAAAGGCUCAGUGGCAAGACCAUCAGGGACAGUGCCUGCCUCCAGAGUCUGAAGCCAUCAUCCAGGACGCCCAGGGCCUGUUCAAUCUGGAAACAUCUGUGGUUGUCCGAGGGGGAUCCCACAGCAAUGUGUCCUUCUCCAUCCAGAAUCUCCUCCUGAGCCAGAAGAAAGAGUUGGUAGUCCAGAUAGCAGACGUUUUUUUACCCAGAGCGUCCCCCUGGAAGAGAGCUUUCCUCGGGACGCUGGCGGCACUGCCGCUGCUCCUGGCCGUCCUCGGCACGCCGGCGCUGUACUUCCUUCAGAAGCAGCGGAGGUCCCAAGAAAAGCUAAAGCAGCAGGCUGCAAAGAAACAAGGGAAACUCACAGCAGAGCUGGAGAAGCUUCAAACAGAGCUUGACUGGAGAAGGGCUGAAGGCCAGGCUGAGUGGAGAGCAGCCCAAAAGUAUGCAGUGGACGUGACUCUGGAUCACGCCUCGGCGCACCCCAGCCUGGAGGUCUCCGAAGAUGGCAUGAGCGUGUACUCCCGCGGGGUGGCGCAGGGCCCCGCGCCCGGCGACCCGCAGCGGUUCUCGGAGCAGACGUGCGUGCUGAGCCGCGAGCGCUUCUCCGCCGGCCGCCACUACUGGGAGGUGCACGUGGGCCGCCGCAGCCGCUGGUUCCUGGGCGCCUGCCUGGCCGCGGUGCCGCGCGCGGGGCCGGCGCGCCUCAGCCCCGCCUGCGGCUACUGGGUGAUGGGGCUGUGGAACGGCUGCGAGUACUUCGUGCUGGACCCGCACCGCGUCGCGCUCACCCUGCGCGUGCCCCCGCGGCGCGUGGGCGUCCUCCUGGACUGCGACGCGGGAAAGCUGUCCUUCUUCAAUGUGUCCGACGGCUCCCACAUCUUCACCUUCACCGACACCUUCCCCGACGCGCUCUGUGCCUAUUUCAGACCCAGGGCCCACGACGGCAGCGAACACCCAGACCCCUUGGCCAUCUGCCCGUUGCCGGCUAGAGGGACACGCGUCCCCGAAGAGGACGACAAUGACACGUGGUUACAGCCCUAUGACCCCUCAGCCCCCGCCCUGGGCCUGUGGUGAGGUGCCCUGGCGACCCUGGGCGGCUCCCGGAUACCCGGCCGGCGCUUUGCUCUCCUGCUGCCUCCGAAGUGAGCAAGCGACCGCCCCAAAUGCCGCUGAAGCCGCAGCAAAGCGCGGCGGGGGAGAUGGGCAACUGAGAGGGACCUUUGCCUAUGUAAAUAUGUACGUGUAUGAUUUUCUUUAAAGAAAAGAGGCAAUUCCAAGGCUCAUUUGUGUGUAUUGUAGGAUUGAGCAAAUGAGUAAAAAUAUACUAAUCUUGCCAGGAGCCAGGGUGCCCACCCUGGGCCAUGGGAAAGAAACUGGCAUAGGAGAAAGAGGGCAGUGGAUUAGAGGGAUCAGCUAAUUGGUAUAGUUUUAUAUUUUUCAUAUAUAUAUGCGAGCUCUAAAAAGGCCUAGGCGCAAGGACACCUCAUAAGCAAUGAGUUCACCUGCAGCUCAGAUCCUAGUUUUAAAUACCAUUUCCCACUAAAAUGAAGUUGGAGAAACAUCUGAUUCCAAGCCUGGGGCAAAGAAAUUUCAACAUGAGCCUUGAACAUCUUGUGCUGUGAAGUAAAAAUGUGCUCAGAAAGUCGUAGGGACCUAGCAAUAGGACACAGGAGCCAGGUUGAAAGGGCUUCACUGACCAAUUAUGGAACAAUUUGAACAUAAAAAUGCAUAAUGCCAAAAUGGAUUAUAACACACUGAAUAAAUACAAAAUCUGUGA